AUGCGGUCUGCCGAGGCGAACGGAACACCCCUGGGCGCACCCAUAUUGUGUCAGGUCCGCACUGGGGGCGCAACCGGCAGCCGUUUGGUUGGCACCAUUCACAUACGACUCAACUCGUCUUUGAGGGAUGUUCGGCUGUUGCUGAAGAGUCUUGCAAGCCGAGCUCGUGGGGAUGCAGCUGGUCCGAGCGGGUUGGAGGUGCAUGGGGCGCCUGUCAACGUGACUCAGGGGGAGUGGAAGAAGGCCAUGUCUUACCCACUGCACCCCUUCGAUCUCAGUUUGGCCUUUUCGUUUGUCAAGUGUGGCGGAUGUUUGCCUAUUCAGCAGCAUCACGAGGAAAAGUUAUUGCUGGUGGACGUCUUUCCAAGACUGCCGCGCGCAUGGGGCAUGUCCACUGUGGCCGGGUGGAUGAUGGAACCGACCCCGCCGAUGGUGAAGGUUUUGGCGCGGCCAGGGGAGUACGUGCCAUAUCGCGAUGCGCUGGCAGUUGUGUUUAUCGCCCAGGGGGAGCCGGAGAACCUUAUGCCAGAAGACGUGCUGGUUGAACGCCAGAUGCUACAGCAAUGCAGCUAUGGUCGUCCAUACCAGUUGAGGGAACUUUUCACGCUGCUGAAUCAGUGGAACGGCAAUGUCAAGGAUUGCUUUGGGCGCACGGUGCUGCAUGAAUGCGUUUAUCAGGGCCACUUUGAGGCAGUGGUGUCCCUUCUUUCCUUUUCUUUUAUUCGAGUCAAUGAACAAGACAUACAGGGCAAAACACCUUUGCACAUCGCGGUCAGAGUCGGCAAUGAGUUUGUUGUGUCAAGGCUGCUGGAGGCUGGUGCUGACAUUCUUCUCGCGGACAACGGUGGUGACACCGCACUUCAUGUGGCGCUUCGUCUCCGCAAUGACCGCAUCGUGGAAUUGCUGUGCAAGCGAUUGCGCGCGACAGGCAUCGAGGCAAAGAGGCUUUACCUUUGCAAAAACGGCGUGGGCAUGUCACCCAUGGAUAUGUUUCAGCUGCAUUCUCCGACAUUUAUCCAGCUCUGCGAGGAGGGCGAUGUGGCUGCCAUCAAAUCUCUAUACGACCAUUACUUAUUUUCACGUGAUUCAAUAAAAGGGUGCGAUGAACUUCUUCACCAGUCGGCACUACAUGUGGCCGCUGCUUGUGGGCAUGUGAAUGUCCUCAGAUUUCUUUUGGAUGAGCUGAAAUUUGGGCUUUUGACGGAUAAACAGAUGCUUAACAGCCGAUCGCAGACUCCCAUGCACCUGGCGGCCGAGAGAGGCCAAAUUUCGGCGGUGAGAAUUCUUCAUGAACGGUACCCGUGGUUUAUUUCUGUGCGGGACAUCACAGGCGCCACGCCGCUUGUGGCGGCCCUAAGGAGAAGGCAACAUUCAGUGGCCGUGGUGGACUACCUCAUUUCGAUAUUGCCGCGCGGGUCUGGCGCAAUUAACGCAUGUGACAACAGUGGGAUGGGCGCACUGCAUCUGCUUUGCGAGCUUGGGAUGACGCUUGCAGCUAAUUCUCUCAUUGUUGAUCAUGGCGCAGAUGUCACGUUGUCGUGUUCAUGCGGGAUCGUGUCUUCGAGAUAUCUGAAAAAGACACGGAUAUUGCCACGGCUUUCAAAACGUGCUGGGGAGGCGUCAACAAGGCAGGUGGUGGGGGAACAACAAGGACUGACACCACUUCUCUGCACUCUCCGCGGGGGGCGUGGCCACGUGAGUACAAUUGAGAUGUUGUUGUCUCACGGUGCAGGGACCAGAGGGGACGAGGUUGUUGAGCUUCUUUUCUACCUGAUCACAAAAGGACACUAUGAGUUUGCAGACCGUGUGGUCGCGUCUGGUGUGGGGAAGUUAACAUCUUCGAAUGAUCUGCUCAGUCGUUUUUGCCAUUUGAAUCACGGCGUUGGUAUUCGAUGGUGUAUUGAACGGGGUUGCUGUAGCUUAAACUCUCCUGAGGGCGGCUAUCCGUUGCUAGUGAGUUCUGCGCUAGGGGAUGUUGAGGCUGUGAGCUUCUUCUUGUCACGUGGGGCUGAUCCAAAUGUUACUGCAGACGGAAAGACUCCUCUAUUGGCUUCCAUAAACGGUGGGCAUCACGCUGUCGUAGAGCAUCUCGUGAGAGCUGGUGCGAGGCUUGUAGCUUCUGAUGGCUCCUGGACAGCGCUGCGUGCUGCCGCAGAGAGAGGCGCCGAGUCAGUCGUUCGGGCCCUACUUGGACUCCAUGUGCUUUCACCCCUGGUGGUUUCCCAGACUUUGGUGCACGCAAUGGAGAGUGUUCGUGGAAGGAAGAGUAUUACUUGCGAGCGGGUGUGUGUGCACCUUGCGGGAUUUCUGGAUCUUGCUUCACGUGAAAUUAUGCACCCCACGGAGCUUCUUCAUUUGGCAGCGAGCCGUUCCCUUUUUGCCGUUGUGCGGGUGCUGGUGGAGAAGCUUCUCGCACUGCCAGCAUUAUUUCUCCGUGGGAUUUUGAAUGAUGCUCCACCACCACCUAACAGAAUGUUUGUUCUCAUUGAGCCGACAGUGGCGCCGUUGCGGGUAAAGGCUUCCCGUCUUGUAUCAGUGAAGGGCCGACGGGGACUUUAUACCCCACCAAAGCCUUUUAAGCGUCUAGUCAUUCAAAGACGGGAAGCAGGGGUACUGUUCCACCGUCUGCGGCUUCGUGACGUGUAUAGCUACUGUGCUGAAGCCAAUGAAGGAGAGCUCCUGGAGAAGCUCCUUUUGGAUGUGGGGCUGAAACCCUGGGCUGGACCAGAUUAUCGUGGCUGGAAUGCCGCGGAUUAUGCGGCUGAUAAGCAGCUGGCUAAUGCUCUCCGCAUGUUCCUCGUUGUUGGUUUGGCUCCAUGUCGCCGUCAUGUGGUUUGCAGCGGAACACGAAUGGGAGCACUCUGUCGUUCCAUAACGUGCGCGAAUGUGAACGUUGACGAAGCGGGUUUGUUGUCUUCCGCUCUUUGUGAUUUAGCGGCCGCGCAGGAAACGACGUUGGUUCGGCAGAUUUUGACAGAUACAUGUAGAUUUCACAAUUUGUCGGAUCUGAGUGGUGCGGGUGCGUGGCUGGAUGAAUUGAUUCUCUGCUGUGUUCGUACUCGCUGUCUGGAUGUACUGGGAAUAUUGGAGGAGGAGUUCCAGGUGCCGUUGAAGAAGCGUCUGAGUCUUUCGGUACAGCCUUUGCUUUCAGCUGUGGCGUGCCGUGAUGUGAAACUUCUCGCGUACCUCAUUCUUCACGGAACACCUGUCGAUUUAAUAGGUUCCAUUCCUGCGGUGGGCGGAAAUGAAUUGCGCUCACUUGCGCGCGAAGAGCGCGAAGUGUCUCCUUUGUGGUUAGCAGCACGACUCGGUGAUAUUACGGCCAUGGAGCUUCUUCUUUCUGUUGGGCCAUUGUCGCCGGCGCAAUGCACAGAUUCUACGGAUUUCUGCCGGGACGCGCUCAAGGCUCUCGUCGAUGGAGCCCCGCGCAGACCCUCGAAGGCGCAGGACACUUUGAUUGCCCAAGGCGUGGUAAUGCUGGCUCGGGCCGGGCACGUGUACACCUUGCCAAGCAUCAUGCGGGUUGCUGCAGGAAAGGGGCUGGUACGGACCGUGGAGAGUUUGAUAGAUUGCUAUGGACCACGUACAGUUACAGAAGAUAUUGUUUCCAGUGGUCUCUGCUCUUUGCAUUAUUUGGUUGGUAGGCCGGCACUGAGCAGGUUGCUGCGGUCCUCGUUGCUGCUUGUAGCAGACGUUGGUUCCGUUUACGUUGAAGCCAGUCAAAAUCUUCUUGCGACGAUACAAACAACCAAAUUUACAGUGAAUCCUGUGGACUAUGCUCUCAGAGCAGGCUGUUCGGAGGGCGCGCUGCUUCUUCUUGGCCUGGGGCUAUGCGGGGGUGGAGGAAGGAAAGAAAACUGCGACCCCAAGAUUUCCCGCAUUGUGCGUCUUUGUGCUGCAAGACGUGCGGCGCAAGGAGAGGGUGGUUACACAGUUCUGCAUGCGGCUAUGGAGCUGCAGUACCAUGAGAUCGCUUACAAAAUUUUGAAUGAGCGUGUACUUCUGCAGCACGUUGAUAGAUCCUCCAUGGAAGAAAAACGCACCGAUAACACGCCAUCUUUUGCUUCUCUCAUGAACUUCUAUUUGGAUAGGGCUCACCGGCAUCUGCUGUUAUCACCAGGGGUGCCAGCACCCAUGAAAAUUUCUCCAUGCGACAUGCCAUAUCUCGUUUUUUCUGAAUCUUUCGAUGAUGAAGGUUACCGGGAAAUUGUACGGCUUUCCGCUUUGGACGGCGGUCUGGAGCAAACGUUGGAUUUAUUACAUGGUGGUUUGCCCAUGGCAUUUGUGUGGCAUCUUUUCUCCCGCCACAGGCAUUCUUUUUACUUUGGUAACCGAUUUUUUGGGACCAUGGAGCUGACGCCCAUGGGCUGUGCUGUGGCGGCUGGAAAUCUUCCAUGGGUUCGUUUGUUGGCGUACACUGGUGUGUCCACCUCCAACUGUAACUCCAUCGUUGCCGGUAUAAAGCGCGGAAAAGCAUACUCGCUGGUUCAGGUGCCAAUACCACCGGUGCAUAGAAAGGUGGGGGUGCAAGCAGAGGCGAGGAGACAUGUCUGUCGUAAGGAGGAAUCAUAUCCUGUGAACUUCACGGAUGAGCGUCACCAUGUUAGUCCACUUCUUCUUUCGAUGGCAAUUAUUGUGGAGACCUCUUGGGCCGGUGAUGCCGAGGGGCUGCUGCGGCAGUCGCAGGUCAUGCGGUUUCUUCUUAGUUGCGACCAGUGUCUUCGGCGGGAGGAGUUGAACCCGCUUGCGAUUGCCCUGGCAAAGUUGAUGCUUUGGGAUCUUCUUGAAGCUCUUGUGGCGGCGGCAAGGAAGUUGAUAGAUAACCCCUCAGAAGGUCGUUUAUUCUGCACCAUCCACGAGGCGGAGGUGCCACCCAUCAUUAAGAGAGCGAUUGGAACCUCACGUCACGUAAUGCAUGUGGCAGCUCGCUGCGCCCCCAGGGAAAUCCUCAUGCUUGUUGCGAAACAUUCUCAACGUGCAGACAUUGAGGAGGCAUGUGAUGCCAAAGGAAAAACGGUACUGUUUUACGCCCUUCAUCACCCCUGCCGAUUCGCGUUUGAAGUUCUUGGAGGUUUGCGUGUUCCCACGAAUGUACAGUGCUGCAGGAGGACGGGACGCACACUUUUGAUGCUUGCGUGUCAGCGCGGCCAGUUGCCACUUGUCAUGGCACUUUUGAAGAAGGCGGAAAUGAACACCAGGGACCGUGACGGUAAUACGGCGCUUUUGCUGGCCGCCGCUGCGGGUCGGGCGGAGAUUGUGGAGCAUCUUCUUGCGAAUGGGGCCGAUCCAUCUGUUAAAAAUAGGAAGGGAAUGACGGCUGUUAUGGCGGCAGCCUUUGCUGGCCAUGAUGACAUUGCCGUUCCUUUGGCCGAAAAUUUUUCUACAUUAGAUGACUUCUUUUCCCCGCAGACAACGCUGUUGCACUGUGCGGCUGUAGGCGGCUGUCACCGAGUAGUGUCAGCCUUGGUGGAUAUGGUGGAGAAGAUAAACAUAUGGGCGGAAGAUGUGGGCGGUUUCACGGCCGUUUAUUUGGCCUACGCCUUUGGCAAUGCUUUGGUUCUUCGGACACUGUUAAGUGCCGCAUUGAAAUACGGGGUUGAGCCCGCCCCAUCCUUACAUUUGGAGCGUCAGAUAUUUAUUUGUUCUUCCACGCUGCCGCGCUACGGCUGGCUCAGACGGGUGCUGCGGGUGGGCGAGGUUGUACUCGAUGAAUCCCGUCAGCGUUUAUUGUGCCAGUCCGCCACACGACCAGGCGAGAUGACGUACGGUAACCCCACAAGUUUUAGGUGUUUUCGCACUUCUUUACUCCUUUGGUGUGUUUGUAAUAAUAAUGCUGUGGGUGUGCGUGUGUUGGGGGAAAUGAACAGUGCAGAUGACUGUGGUGCUCUUCAUGAGGCAGCCAAACGAGGACACAUGGGUGUGGUGGAGCUCCUUUUGAAACUGGAAAUGAGUGAUCCGAACGUUCUUGAUGGCACAGGGAGGUUGCCUUUUGAGGUGGCCGCGGCACAUCGUCAUGUGGCUUGCGCUUCUCUGCUGCUUGCGCGUACAAGGCUUGACAUGAAGCAUUUAAAGGCCCCGGCUGCUGGAGGCACACAAAGUGCCCUUCACCGCCUUGCUUCUUCCGGGGGAGCCGAGACCCUUUUCGUGCUGGUGGAAGCGUUUCAGGGAAUGAACAGGCCCGAUUGGUCCGUGGUUGCAUCUCAACUUCUUGAUGCUUUGGAUAUUCCCGACUCGUCCGGGAUGACGGCAUUUGAAUCUGCCGUGGCGAUGGGGGACCCUGCUGGAGUGCUUCGUGUGGCCCAGGUGAUUCGUCGACUUGCAUUGGCAUCAGGUCGAAAAAAAGCCCUGAGCGUUUCAAACUCUAUUCUCUCACACCUUCCCUGCAUGUCUCCUGCUGUGCGAGUUCUUUUAUACGACGUGUUUGGCAUUUUAGAGGUGGCCAUGUGCGUUGGGUUUGAACAGGAGAAGCGUGUGGGACGGUUGGCGUUUGCCGAUGUGCGAUUGAUUGGCGCGAACGCGUUAAGAGAGAAUGCCUUUUGCGCCUCUGAGGUGGCGGCGGCAUUCACGCUGGAGCAUGAGAUAUCCGUUGCUUCCUCUCUGCUUAAGGGACUGCCCUUCAGGAUCAGGUACAUUCCGCGCUCUCUUGAGACAAGGAGUGCGAGUCAGCAGGUUCAACUUCUUCAGUGGCUGGAGUCUUCGCUUAUUCUUUCAAACUACGAAAACUGGGGCGUGGAAAAACCCCUUGAAACGAUAGAACUGGAACUCGUGCCGCACCGCACGGAUGAGUUUUUAGAGAUAUCGAACAUGUACUUGCGGCAUUCGGUGUACAUGGAUUCCCGUCGUCUGCUUACUCCAAAUCUUCAUGCCAAACUUCGCUUUGCAUCGAGGAGUGAGGCGUUGAGGCUGCGGACUGUGACUGAAGAGCGAUGCCGUUUGUUAACACUCAAAAUGCGGCAGCUUCCGCAUCCUCUCAUGUCGAGGGGACGAGUCAUGGUGGAAUGGGGAGAUGGUAAUGAUGAGGUGACCGUCGAGACUGUCACGCGUCUAAUGGAUGAUGGUCUUGCGAGGGUGGAUGCGUUUUUCAGUGGGAAGCUGAAAGAUGCCCUCAUUGGUGUCUCCAUGGCUGAUGUUGUCUCCGUGACUGCAGCGACGGAUCGGACCAUGAAUGCGUUUUACAUCAGUUUUCGUUACACACGCGAGACCAUACGGAGGCGCCAUUACACUUCUUCGGAGGGUGGGCUCGUCAUUAUGUUUAAUGAUAACGCGAUGCAGGACGUGGACCGUGUGCUGCACUUGGCUCUUUACAGGCAAGUCGUGGCUGACGUGAACCUCGUGGGUGUUAGUUACGUCCGGGAUGCGUUCCUGGCAGAUGUCCGACGUCUUGCUGGCAUGCAGAUGGGUGACGAUGCGACUAGCUUUAAGCUGGAGGUUGAAGGUGGCACCUUGGACGAACUCCCGCUGCACCUGCUGGAGGCCAUGAUGAGUGACGCGGCCGAGGCCCUCGCGUCGUUGAUUACAGAAUCUUUGGCGAACAUGUGGAAUUUUCACUCUUCAAAAAUUGUGAGUGAUUUUUUGAAGCUGAGCCUGCACUCUGUGGUUGUUCUCUUUUCGCCGGAACGGCGCCCCGUAGCGGAGUUUUCAGAGAGAAAAUUGAUGUUGUGCCUCAACCUUCAACUCGCCCCAACGCGAUGUGAAAUUUGCGAGGGACUCCGUCGUGGAGCGCUGGCGGGCGAGAUUGAGCGAUUGAGGGGGGAGCUUCCCCGCGUCAUUGCCACCGUGGGUCAGCGUCUCCAGAUGCGCCUUCCGACAACGACGUUUGUUCUAGACUCUGCCUCCUUACUCGAAGGUGAGGAUGACGAGUACGUUGUAUCGGCGCUGAGUCUCUUGUGCUACAAUUGUGGCGCUCUUGUGCUGCAGCCCCUCAUUGACGGCGUUUCCAUGGGGUGGGACACCCGCUUGGGUUCUGUGGUGCGUCGCCAUGUGCGCCAACUCACCCUGGUGCUGGGGUUGUUUGGAGGUGGCAACUGUGUGCUGUACGACAGCGGAAACUUUGUCUAUAAUUGUCCGCUGUUUUCUCUGGAGCGAGGCGUGUACGCAACAUCCUCAUGGUAUUUGCUUUCCUCGCAGCAGAUCGCAUCGCUGCUUUUGAUGCAGCUUUCUCUUGUGGAUCCUUCUAUAUUUGGGCUCGUCAACACCUCUAAACCCCUCGCGUGUUGGUCACAGGCACACGGUGUUUGCACCCGACUUUUGAGUGCCGGAUGCCAACGUAAUGUUGUGAGAAUGACGACACGGAACAUAUUCAACCUCCGAUUGGGACACGCCGUGAGCGAGUCCAGCCUCGCCUUCAUUGGCUGCUGGCGUUCCAUCAAAGUUCAUGAGGCAACCGGAAGGGUGCACUUCACCGCCCCGACGAAAGCUGGAUAUUACGAACAACAAAUUCUGAUGGGCGGGCAGCCGAUAUUGAAAUCACCCCUGCGUAUUCGAGUGAGGCCGCUUGCGGUGCAUCUGCCCAGCACAAAAGUGCUUUCGAACUUCAACACCGUCGUUGUGGGGCGCCCUUUUGACAUUGUGCUUUUGCUCCGGGACAAGUACGGGAACAGAAUAGAGGCACCGGAGAAGAUUGUUGUUUCUCCCGUUACGGCCGGGGCCGCAAGGAUAAUGUCGUGGAGACGCUCUCGUGUGGAUAUGAUUGAGGUGAGGGUUGUGGUGGCGGAUGUGUGCGACAAGUGCGCUGUGCCCAUUCGACUGCGUGCCGCAGAUGAGGGCGAUUUCGAGUUGCUCUUCCCAGUGGAGAGCGUCAGCGAGCAAACGUAUCAUUGGGUUUGUCUGCUUCGUGGCGGCUACACGUUGGACUGGGAAAAACGAUGCCGUGCAAGCAAGACGAAAGCAACAAAAACAUUGUCGAUGGCGGGGAAGGCGUCCGAUCGCGUGAAGUAUUUUUUUAGGAGGACCGUCCGUGACGCUGAGCGACGCCGCCUUGUGCGUGACGCCAAGUUGAUCGGCGGCCUCUUGAAUCGCGUGUUUCCCCCACGGCGACCGAACGACGGCAAGAACGGCAAUAGCAAAAAAAGGGAAAAAGCAACGAGGGACGAAUAUCCGAGUAGGAAGAGGAGGGUUUGCGUGGUGAUGGGAGGCGAGUCCGAGGCGAAGGAGGAAGAAGUGAGCAAAUGA